CAAAUAUUUAUUUUCUAUCCUACAGUUUUUUCAUUAAAAUUACCUACGAAACCCUUAGCUAUGUCGAUCAACGAACAAGCGGCCAUAGAAAAUAUGGUAUUCAACUACGGUAGCACCUACCAAACUGACUACCGACACGGACAGAUUGAUACUUCUCAGAGAACUGUUUAUAAACCUAAGCCGAAAACUGAAAAGAUUGUGCCUUUCGAAAGGAAAGACUUCCAUACCCUGGCCAGGUUUGCUAUCGAGGUGCCCUUUUCCUUGUGCAUCAAGCCUAAGGAAAUAGUGAGGACCAACCCUUACGAUGUGCCUAAACCCCUGCCACAAGAGCCGGACCCUGGUCGUGAGCUGGCCAUCCGCACCCGUCCGCGUCUGUACAUCACGCCCGCCUUCAGUCUGGACGAGGUGCCGGCCCACGCCCGGGACGUCGUCAUCCGGGAUGUGUAUACUAGCCAGUAUACGUUUAGUAAUGAGCAGGUGAAGCUGCCUACGCCCGGGGUCACAGCACCGCUGCCUGACUUAGCUGCACCAGCUAAGCCGGUCCACCUGCCCAGGCCUCAGCCGCCGGCGGUGCCGCGCGAGUGGCGCAUGGAGUCAGUGCAGUGGGAGCGUUCGCAGGCUCGCUACCCGCUCGACAGGGACCGAGAGUUCUGGAGCAACUACGAUGUUUAUAAAGGCUGCAACGCAUGCAAGGAGACUGCUCAGUAUAGACAAUACCAAAAACUACAAAAUAAAAACAAUCCACUGCGUUAGACAGGCGGUAAACAGUUGGCCUACUGGAAACGCAGGUCUUUGUAGGUACAAACUUACGAAAAUUUUCUGUAAUGUCAUAUUAAUUUGUUUUUAUAAUUCCUUGUUGACUUAUAUAAUCUAACUAAUGCUGCCGUUGCGUUUGACUGUGAAAACGACUUAUAGAUUUUGUAAUAAAAGAGAGAUAUUGCACUGUAGAAAAUAUUUAUUACACAUUAAUGCAGUAAGUACAAAUACAAUAUCAUAUAAUAAGCAUUAAGACACAACUAAAUACCUAUAAAGGUCCACAAAAAUAAAUAAGUUACUUAGUCAUAUUUAUUUUAUCACAUAGGUACAAUACAUAAAGCAUGGUUAUUUAUUUCAUAGAGGUGCAAUAUCUACAUUAGGUAAAUAAUAUUUACAUAGGCUUUCCUUAGGAACAAAUAAACUAAUUUAAAUUAUUCUACGGACAGAAUGUGGUAACAUUAAAAAGGUUUCUAAUUAAAGAAUAAUUAUUUAUAUUUGUUAUUAUAUU